CGCAAAACUUCAGCGCCCAUCAGCCGCAAUCUCUGUUGCUCUUUCCGAUUUCCCGACGCCAUGGAUACGAAAGCUUCAGCUGUUGCUCUUUCCUAUUUCCCGAUACCAUGGAUACGAAAGCUUCAGCUUUAGGUCCUUCAGAAACCUCCGUAAUCCCAAUUCAAUCCAAACCCAAAGAUAGAGACUUCCUGAACCAUCUCGAAGCUUACCUUGCGAAGAGAGAUGGCGUGGACAAGCUGCUAAAGAUCUCUGGGUACGCCACCAAGAUCAUUCUGGCCUCGUCAGUCCUCCCCGAGUCCCUACCGGUGGCUCAGCGCCUCAAGAGCUUUGAAUCCAGUGUGGGACUAAGUCGGAAGGCUUUCCGACUCGGUAAAUUCGUUCAAGACAUCAACACACUGAGGAACUCGCAUUUCGAUUCCAAGCAAGAGAUUUUCCUAUCGAUUGUUGCAUAUGGAGGUGAAGGUUUUUAUUAUUUUGUUGAACAGUUCAUUUGGCUGGCUAAAUCCGGAUUGAUCGAUGGGAAACACUUGCGUAAUCUGCAAAAAAUCAGUGCUUGGGCUGUGUUCAUCGGUCACUUAGGCAGUAUUACUCUUAAAGUUAGGGAUUUGAAGCAGAUUACCGAAGACGAGAAGUGCUUGAACGCCAGUAUUGAGAUUGCGAUUUCGAGAGGAAUUGAUCAUCAAGUGGAAGAAGCGAGAAUGAAGAAAUUGAGAGAGAAGUUGUUAAUGAAGAAACUUUCUAUUGUUCAAGAAUUGGCGGAUGGGUUAAUGGCGUUGGCUGAUAUUCGAGACGGUAAAGGGCAUCUUUCAGGGCCGCUUUUGUUGGCGUCUGCUGGGCUCUCAUCAGCAAUCAUUAGCACCCAGAAGAAUUGGGUUUCUUGCUGAGUUUGAUGCUCUUCUUCAAGGUAUGAUUGUCAAUGUCAGGAAACCUGAUUGUUUAUCUUGUUUGAACUUAAAAGAUGGUGUAAUAAGAAAGUUUUGGAAGAGUUGGAGAUUAACUGUAAUUGAAUUAACUUUGACACUUCUCCUUGGCAAAACAAAGAUAGUUUAUCAGU